AUGGCCGUCGCCGAGGCCUCCCCCGGCGCCGAAUUCUUCUUCAAGGGCGAGACUGGCCGCAACACGCGCGGAUUGCUGCGUCUCAUCAUUCUGGUCACCAUUGCUGCUGCCGCCAUUGCAGCUCGUCUCUUUUCCGUAAUCCGAUUCGAGAGUAUCAUCCACGAAUGUCAGUCGCCAAUCCGAAGAAAAGGAGAGAUGGAAGCAUGAGCGAUGGAAUACUGAUGUGAAGCAUAGUCGAUCCGUGGUUCAACUUUCGCGCAACUAAAUAUCUCAUUGCGAAUGGCUUUUACAAGUUUUGGGACUGGUUCGACGACAGUAAGAUGAUCUCUCAGGAAAGACGCAGUGGAAAUGAGAUGCUGAUACACAUGGAUGACUGCAGGAACAUGGCAUCCCCUCGGACGUGUCACAGGAGGCACUCUCUACCCAGGCCUCAUGGUCACCUCCGGUGUCAUUUACCAUCUCCUUCGAUUCCUCACCCUCCCUGUCGACAUUCGAAACAUUUGUGUGCUUCUUGCGCCUGGCUUCUCCGGCCUGACAGCCUUUGCAAGCUACCUGCUCACGUCUGAGAUGAGCGAGAGUCCGUCGGCUGGUCUGCUCGCUGCAGCUUUCAUGGGAAUUGCACCAGGAUAUAUCAGCCGAAGUGUGGCAGGAUCGUACGAUAACGAAGCCAUCGCUAUCUUCUUGCUGGUCUUCACCUUCUAUCUCUGGAUCAAGGCUGUCAAGCAAGGAAGCAUUAUGUGGGGAGCCCUCUGCGCUCUGUUCUACGGAUACAUGGUCAGCGCAUGGGGUGGUUACGUCUUCAUCACCAACUUGCUGCCACUGCAUGCAUUCGUUCUGAUGUGUAUGGGACGCUUCUCCCCGCGAUUAUACGUCAGCUACACGACCUGGUAUGCCCUGGGAACUUUGGCCAGCAUGCAGAUUCCAUUCGUCGGUUUCUUGCCAAUCCGGAACAGCGACCACAUGUCCGCAUUGGGUAAGACUUUCGUUGUUUGAUGCCUCAAUCUUCUGCUGACAACGUGCGUAGGUGUAUUUGGCCUAAUUCAGUUGGUCGGUGCCGCUGAGUACAUCCGUCACCAACUGCCAUCCAAGCAGUUUCAGACGCUCAUUCGCGCAAUGAUCUUCAUCGUUGCUGGUGUCGCCUUUGGCGGCCUGGUGCUGCUCACAGUGUUCGGAGUCAUCGCACCUUGGAGUGGUCGUUUCUACUCUCUGUGGGAUACAGGAUACGCCAAGGUCCACAUUCCCAUCAUUGCGUCUGUGUCUGAGCACCAGCCGACCGCUUGGCCGGCCUUUUUCUUCGAUCUGAACAUGCUGAUCUGGCUCUUCCCUGCUGGAGUCUACAUGUGUUUCCGCAACCUCAAAGACGAGCAGGUGUUCGUUGUCAUCUACGCCGUCCUGGCCAGUUAUUUCUCCGGUGUCAUGGUGCGUUUGAUGCUUACCUUGACUCCGAUCGUUUGCGUUGCCGCAGCUCUUGCGCUCAGUCAAAUUUUGGAUACCUUCCUCUUGGCGAAGACUCCCGCCUCGCCGGCUCCAGAAGUCAAGGGCGCAAGGCCUAAUGGCAACGCCAAUGGUACUUCCGACAUCCAGGCCAAGCUCUCCGCAGCUAUCCCGGAGUCACUACGUUCUACCAAGCAGCCUUUCGUUGGUAUCUACAGCUACCUCUCCAAGUCUGUGAUCACUGGAGCAAUCACCGCAUACCUGCUUCUCUUCGUGCUGCAUUGCACUUGGGUCACGUCGAACGCCUACUCUUCGCCUUCCGUGGUGCUUGCAUCGAGAUUGCCAGAUGGUAGCCAACAUAUCAUCGAUGACUACCGAGAGGCGUACUACUGGCUUCGCCAAAACACUGAGCCCACCGCAAAGGUUAUGAGUUGGUGGGACUACGGUUACCAGAUUGGCGGCAUGGCAGACAGGCCCACGCUGGUUGACAACAACACUUGGAACAACACGCACAUUGCCACGGUUGGAAAGGCGAUGUCGAGCCGCGAAGAAGUUUCCUAUCCCAUCAUGAGACAGCACGAGGUGGACUAUGUUCUCGUCGUCUUCGGCGGUCUUCUGGGUUACUCUGGAGACGACAUCAACAAAUUCUUGUGGAUGGUCCGGAUUGCUGAAGGUGAGUGUUCGCAACGCGCUCAAAAUAUGAAUUGAGGCUAAUGAAAUCCGCAGGCAUCUGGCCGGACGAGGUCAAGGAGCGUGACUUCUUUACCGCUCGCGGCGAAUACCGCGUUGAUGACGAGGCUACGCCAACCAUGCGCAACUCGCUCAUGUACAAGAUGAGCUACUACAACUACAAUUCGCUGUUCCCAGCCGGCCAAGCCACCGACCGUGUUCGUGGCUCUCGCUUGCCAGCAGCUGGCCCAGAGCUCUCAACGCUCGAAGAGGCAUUUACCAGUGAGAACUGGAUCAUCAGAAUCUACAAGGUCAAGGACCUGGAUAACCUUGGCCGUUCACACCAAGAAGCAAGUGCGUUUGAGAAGGGCAACAAGCGCAAGAAGGCCGGAAAGAGGAAAGGACCAAGAGUCCUCAGAGUAGACUGA